AUGGACUAUAAUAGGAUGAACUCCUUCUUAGAGUACCCACUCUGUAACCGGGGACCCAGCGCCUACGGUGCCCAUAGCGCCCCAACUUCCUUGCCCCCCAGCUCCAGCCAGGCGGUUGACAGCUACGCAGGCGAGGGUCGCUAUGGUGGGGGGCUGCCCAGCCAGGCCCUCCAGCAGAACUCGGGGUACCCCAGCCAGCAGCUGCCUUCAGCGCUGGGGGUGCCCUUCCCCAGCUCCGCGCCCUCGGGGUACGCCCCAGCCGCCUGCAGCCCCAGCUUUGGGCCUGCUCAGUACUACCCUCUGGGGGCAUCGGAAGGAGAUGGAGGCUACUUUCACCCCUCAAGCUACGGGGCCCAGCUGGCGGGCUUGCCCGACGGCUACGGAGCCGGCGCGGCGGGCCAGGGGCCCUACCCUGGGCCGCAGCCCCCGUACGCCAGCGAGCAGGCAGCCAGCUUCGCACCGGCCUACGCGGAGCUCCUCUCCGAGGACAAGGACGCGCCCUGCCCGUCGGAACCCAGCACCCCCACGGCCCGCACCUUCGACUGGAUGAAGGUGAAGAGGAACCCGCCCAAGACAGCCAAGGUGUCCGAGCUGGGCCCGGGCGCCCCCGGCGGGGUCCGAACCAACUUCAGCACGCGGCAGCUGACCGAGCUGGAGAAGGAGUUCCACUUCAACAAGUACCUGAGCCGCGCGCGGAGGGUGGAGAUCGCCGCCACCCUGGAGCUCAACGAGACGCAGGUCAAGAUUUGGUUCCAGAACCGGCGCAUGAAGCAGAAGAAGCGCGAGCGCCAGGGAGGCGGCGUGGCGCCCGUCCCCGCAGGCUGCCCCAAGGAGGCGGCUGGAGACGCCUCGGACCAGUCCGCGUGCACCUCCCCGGAAGCCUCGCCCAGCUCCGUCACCUCCUGAACCCCAACCCCAGCGCGGGAGCCCUCUCCUGGGCACCCCAGCCUCACUGCCCUGGGGACCCCGGCCAAGGAUGGGGC